AUGUUGAUCCAUGUAAUAAUUAUAUUCAUGGUCAUAACUACAAUCCUAAUAUCGACGACAUGCCAUACAAAUGUAGCCAACAUUAACGUAUCAAUGUUCCCGGCGAUCCUUGUGUUCGGCGAUUCAACAAUCGACACCGGCAACAACAACUACAUCAAAACCAUCAUACGGGCUAAUUUCCCUCCUUACGGUUGCAAUUUUCCCGGCCAUAACGCUACCGGAAGAUUCUCCAACGGUAAACUCAUCCCUGACUUCAUAGCAUCUCUUAUGGGAAUCAAAGACACCGUUCCUCCUUUCCUCGACCCGCAUUUGUCAGAUUCCGAUAUCCUCACCGGAGUGUGCUUUGCUUCGGCCGGUUCCGGUUACGACAACCUCACAGAUCGAGCAACUUCGACCCUAUCAGUCUCUAAACAGGCGGAUAUGCUCAGAAGCUACGUGGCAAGGCUGAGUCAGAUCGUCGGAGAAGAGAAAGCGGCCAGUAUAGUCAGCGAGGCUCUGGUGAUUGUAAGCUCAGGAACUAACGAUUUCAACCUAAAUCUCUACGACACUCCUUCUCCUCGCCAAAAGCUCGGCGUUGAUGGAUAUCAAAGUUUCAUUCUCUCGAGUGUACACAACUUCGUUCAAGAACUAUAUGAUAUUGGGUGCCGAAGAAUAAUGGUGUUGGGACUACCGCCGGUAGGGUGUUUACCGAUUCAGAUGACGAUGGCUAUGCAAAAACAGAACGAGAGAAAAUGCAUUGACAAACAAAACUCGGAUUCACAGGAGUUUAACCAGAAGCUUAACAAGUCCCUAACAGAUAUUCAAUCCAAUCUCACCGGCAGUGUCAUCUUUUACGGCGAUAUCUACGGAACAUUGUUUGACAUGGCUACUAAUCCCCAAAGAUACGGAAUAAAGGAAACGACGAGAGGAUGCUGCGGGACAGGAGAGAUGGAGUUAUCAUACUUGUGCAAUGCUUUAACUCGGACUUGUCGUGACCCUAACCAGUUCCUCUUCUGGGACGACAUUCAUCCUUCCCAAGCUGCUUACAUAGUCGUCAGCCUCAGUCUUGUUGAACAAAUUCUCCACGUACUCUCUUGAUUUUCAUUGUUUU